AUGCAGAUUUUUGUUAAAACUCUGACUGGGAAGACAAUCACUCUUGAUGUUGAGGGUUCCGAUACAAUAGCUAAAAUCCAAGACAAAGAGGGUAUCCCUCCGGAUCAGCAGAGGCUCAUUUUUGUUGGGAAGCAACUUGAGGACGAACGUACCCUGGCUGAUUAUAACAUCCAGAAAGAGUCUACCCUGCACCUAGUGCUUCGUCUUCGUGGGGGUAGGCCUAUUCUGAUUUCUUCUCCUCAUCCUUCUCAUUGGCUACCCCCCAUUUCUUCUUAUGUUAAGAUUAAUACUGACGGUUCUUGGAAAUCUGGUUCUGCUAUGGCUGGAGUUGGAGUCAUUAUUCGGAAGAUUGCUUGUUCUUGUAUUGGGGGUCUUGCUGCUCAGGUGCGUGCCCAAUUUCCACUUAUGGCUGAAGUUUUGGCCCUGAAACAUGGUCUAUUGAGAGCUAAAGAGUUGAAUUUGGUUAAUGUUGUGGUGGAAUCUGAUUCCCAAGUGGCUAUUAAUUCUGUUCAGAAGGAUGUUUCUUCCUCUAAUUGGGAGUUGUAUCCUAUCCUUAAGGAUAUUAGGUUUCUUAAAGCCUAUUUCACAAAUCUAAAUUGGGCACGGGUGCCCCGUGAAGCGAACCGGUCUGCGGAUGCCGUUGCCUCGCUUGCCAGGAAGGGGAUGUGCUUGGAGUCGUGGCUUGUGCAACCUCCAUCCUCUCUAGUUCAUAUUUUAUCUUGGGAUGGUCUUCCUUGCCCUCCGCCUGGUGCUUAA